AUGUCCACCAUGGAGUCAUCGCCAUCGCAUCAAAAACCACCAGAUAUAGCACCCACAGGCGUUGACUGGGCAUAUGACAAAGAGAACCCCCGAAACUGGCCUCGGCUACGCAAGGUCGCUACAGGCUUGAUCGUCUGCGCGAUCGGCUUUACAACCACACUCGGCGCAUCAAUUUACUCGCCGGGACACGCUGAAGUAGAACAUGAAUUCCAUGUCUCAUCUACCGUGGCGCUCUUGCCACUAUCAGCAUACUCUCUCGGCCUCGCAUUUGGGCCCAUGAUAUCUUCCCCACUGUCCGAAGCCUUCGGUCGCAGAUUCGUGUACUUGGCUACCCUCCCACUAUGCGACAUCUUCAUACUCGCAACGGGAUUCUCGAGUGGCAUCGUUUCCUUGACGGUCUGUCGCUUCUUUGCGGGAUUUUUUGCUGCCCCUGGUGUCUCCGUUGCCGCGGCUGUGAUAUCGGAUUUUACGGCGCCGGAAAAACGGCUUGUUCCACUUGCGGGGUACUAUGCGAUGCCGUGGCUAGGAAGUGCAAUUGGGCCGCUGAUUGGGGAUUUUGUGGUGCAAGCAAAAGGAUGGCGCUGGACUGCUUGGAUUGUUCUUAUCAUGGCAGCCGCUUUUCACCCUCCGGUUCUGUUCCUGCGGGAAUCUUAUAAGACGACUAUAUUGCAGCGGCGGGGAAAGGCAAGGAUAUCAUCCGAAAAGUCGGGGGAUAUAUUGAAUUCUGAGACUGAGUCUGUCAGUGUGAUGCGAACCCUGCAGACGUUCAUCACUUCGACUGUUAUCAGACCGUUACAUAUGCUCACAACUGAACCGUUGGUUGGAUUCAUCUGUUUGUACACGGGCUUCCAAUUUGCGCUCCUCUAUACUUUCAUUGUUGCCAGCCCGUGGGUAUUUAAGACAGUGUAUGGAUUCUCUAUGAGCGCGCAGGGUCUCUCUUUUCUCGGAAUGGUAGGCGGAUGCAUGGUUGCGCCGUUUAUUCUCAUCACACUGGAUUAUAUCCUGCGGACACGAAAGUCAAAAUUACAAUCAUCCACAGAGUUAUUCAAUCCGGAGAACAAACUCCGCAAUGCAUUGUAUGGGAGCUUCAUCCUCCCGGUUGCUCUCUUCUGGUUUGGCUGGAGCGCCAAUUCUUCCGUCCACUGGAUAUGUCCCAUCUUGGCACAAGCACUCGCAUUCGUCGGCAGUUAUCUCAUCUAUGUGCCAUGCAGUCUGUAUAUGGUGGAUGUGUACGGUGCAAAGUACAGUGCUUCAUCCAACGGAGCAUCUUCAUUUUCCCGGUACAUACUUUCGGCUGCUUUCCCUCUGUUUGUGACACAGAUGUAUGAAAAGCUGGGCGUGGGGUGGGCAUCGAGUCUCUUGGGAUUCCUGGCGUUGAGUAUGGCACCGAUUCCUUGGGUCUUUUAUCAUUAUGGGCCUGCUUUCCGGAGUAGAAGUUCUUAUGAACAUGGGACUUGA